CUAGCUGGUCACCCAAUAUCUGAAUUACAAACCAUUAACUUCUCAUGUGAUAUCUGAUUGUACGUUGUAUAAGAUUCAGAAAAGAAGACCGUCGCUCUCAUCAAUUAGACCUGAAAUUGUAGGAAAGAUACCCCCUGAUCAUCAACCGAAGACCGCCACGCUAGAGUCAUAACUAAAGUACCUUGGAGAAGAGAAGAGAAACAGAAGCUCUUUAGAGAACAAUAGAAGAGGACAAAAACUCACCAAACUUCCGCCAUGAGUUCACAAAGCCCAGUCUUUCAGCUAAGCGGCACAUGCAACAACUACGACUGGGGCAAAAAGGGUCGCGACUCGCUCGCCGCACGCCUCUGCGAAAACACCCCAAGCGGCUUCACAAUAAACGACAAUGAGGCCUACUCAGAAAUGUGGUUCGGCGACUACCCCGACUUUCCCGCACGCGUGUUGGACACAGGCGAGCUCCUCAAAGACGUCUUAGACAAGAACAAGGAACAACUCCUCGGCAAAAAAGUCAUCACCGAGCUCGACGGCCAGCUGCCCUACCUCCCCAAGAUCCUCUCCAUCGCAAAAGCCCUACCCCUCCAGAUCCACCCAAAUAAGUCUCUUGCAAGCAAGCUCCACGAGAAGGACCCCGAGAACUUCACCGACGCCAACCACAAGCCCGAGAUUGCCGUGGCGCUGGGCCCAUUUGAGGUCUUUGCCGGGUUCAAGCCCCUGGACCAGAUCUCGCCCGUCUUCAACAUCCCCGCUCUGCGCGACCUGAUCCCCGACGGGACAACCAGGUGGACCGACGAGACGUUGCGGGAGGUCACACGCCACAUCCUGCUCGCCGACGAGGACACCGUCGAAAAGGCGUCAAAGGCUCUCGGCGGCACCCCGCGCGAGGAGCUGGGCGGGAACGGGUACGUGCUGGAUCUUCUGCCGCGUCUGCAGGGUCAGUAUGGUAAAGGGGACAACGGCAUCCUGGUUGCGCUAUUGUGUAUGAACUUUUUGUCGCUGGAGGCCGGUGAUGCCUUGUAUAUCCCUGCCGACGGGAUUCAUGCUUACCUGUCUGGAGACAUUGUGGAGUGCAUGGCUCGUUCAAACAAUGUCCUCAACACAGGCUUCUGUCCGCCUGGCGACAGGAACAAUAUUGAUUUGUUCAGCAAGACGUUGACGUUCAAGGCGCAUAGCAAGGAUGACGUGCUACUACCAGCGAAGAAGAGUCCCCGGGGCACACAAGGACGCACGGUUGUGUAUCCACCGCCGUUGAGCGAGUUUGACAUGUUGAAGACGGACUUGGAUGAGGGAAACAAGACGGAAGUUUUGAAGGCGGGUGAAGGACCCUCAGUUGCUAUCAUUACCGAUGGUGAGGGAACUCUGGAGGCGGGUGGGGAGAAGUUUGACGUCAAGGCUGGUCAUAUUUACUUUGUUGCUCCCGGCAUCGAGGUCAAGUGGGAAGCCCGGGGGAAGAUGCAGGUCUUUACGACUGUGGUCUAAUCGGCCUGGCGGUCAGACAUGCAAUAAAGGAUGUACCAGAGAUUGAAAAAUAUUUAGAUUAUUAGAAAUGCGACCUGACAAAGCAAUGGUCUGAAUUCUCUUCAUCCUCCAUGAUAAGUACUAUAAAGCAAUGGCUGCACAGUUACAACUAUAGAGAUUCCCCGACUUGAGCGAGGUGACAAUUCACAUGUCUCAAGGCAAGUAAGAUAAGAUUGAUUCAAUAGCAAUUUCAAA